AUGGCUCCUAGCUUGCAAGAGCUAAUCGAUUUCCUGCUGAACGAGGUCGCGCUUUGCGGUAGCCAAGGCGCGACCUUGCCGGAAAUCCUCAAAGCAAUCCAGGAUUUCUACAAAAAUGCACCUCAAGACCCCAGUCAGCGAAGCCAGACUGUAGAUCGUCGCUUCGAAGCUAAGGUUUGGUCAUGGCUCAUGCGCCAUCCAGAGGUGUCUGUGACACCGUAUGGUGAAUGGCAGCACCUCAGUUUGGAAGACGCAGAGCAGAAGAAUCGCGAGCUUGAAGAGACCGCCCAUUACCAUGAACCUGAAGCAGAUGGAGCUCAAGAUGAGGCUGAAGUCUCACCCGUGCCGUCGUCCAUCCGCGUCUUCGUUUCUAAGGAGAGAAUGUGGUACGCUCUCACUGGCCAUGAGCCAGAUGAUACUAAAGUCCCUGCGAGCGAAUUCCUCCUACUCUCUAUCAUUGCUUCCCGCAAGUCCGAUGGUAUCGCCCAAACAGACCUCGUGAGGCUCAGUGGCCAAGACAAGCGUUCCGUCCCUAAGCGAACAGACGCCCUAGCUCAGAAGGGCUACGUCGAGAAACGCCCAAUCCAAAUCAAAUCGGCCCGUACCAGUCUAGUCACCUUUCGACGAUUCAUCAAACCAGCGACCGUCGAGUCAAUAGUCGAAGGUACUUCCGAAGGCAUCCCAGAACGUCCCAUCAUCAACUUUGAUGCGUUCAAUGCCAAACUGUUCGAUAUUCUAAAAGAAUUUGGCAUAAUCUCGCGCAAUGAUCUUAAAAGACGUUUGGGGUUCGAAGAUCGCUGGCGCUGGCGUGUUUUGUCGCGGGCGCUUCGUAAGUUUGAAAGGAUCGGAGUCUUGAAACGAGUGCGGGCAAAAUCACAAUACAACAAGAUCCAUCCCUGUGUGAUGCUCGUCCGCGAGCCCACAGAGACCGAUAUCGCCAAAUUCAAUGCUGUUAGCGGGGACUUGAACCGCACUGCAGAUGAUCAGGCGGAUGCUGACGAUGACAUUGACGAUGCUGCGGAAAAUGAGCCCACUGGUGCAGAAGAAGGUGCCCUUGAAAUGGCGAAGGAUAAGCCUGUCAUCGAAGCUGGACGAGCCGUGCCGUCAUGGACACCAGAUCGCCCCGUGGGAAACCAAAUCUUCGAUGUUGUGAAUAAUUCUGGGACACAAGGGAUCACCAAUCAUGAUAUUAACCGCCUCUGCUUCGGCAGCAUCUACCGUCGACCCUCCGAAAGUGCGCUACAUCGUCUUACUGACUGCUGGCAACUGUCACAGCCACCUCACCUCCGACACCUGGCCAUUGUUCGGGAUACAGCAAUUCAGAAGACCACAUUCUUCUACGUACAUUACUCGGCCAAUAACUUUGCUAAACUCGUGGAGAGCAGCGAAAAAUCGUGGGAGGCUGUCGAGUUCUCGGCACAAAAGGCAAAGGCGGCGAAGUGUGUUAUUCCUGCAGUUGACGCUACCGCUCAGCGUGACAAAUACGGCUUCCAUGAAUCAAGUGCCACCAAAUUGUUGGUCAAGAAUGGCAACGCAAGCUUGUUCGAGGCACUCGCAGUCUGCAAGCCGCCCACUUACCUUCUGUCAAGCAGUGAUCCGAUGCCAGUGAGGCUUCCGGAUGGUCAUUUCACGGUUGAUAUGGGUAGGAUAGCCAUCGCUGGAACUGUCAUACCAUCGCCAAUUAGCGGCCGCCGCCAUGGAGGCCGUCCAAGAGGGCCGCGGUACAAGGCCGCUCAAAGACGCUCAACGCUGUCGAAAAUGGAGAGGGGCUCCCCCGGAAUCCCCGAUCCCGAUGACCCUGACGAGAUGGAACUGGAUCAUGUUCCGCUUCAGAUGCCAGAUCACCUAACAUGGGAACAGCCUUCUCGCCAAACACCAAGGGCCGGCACCAAGCGCAACAAGUUUGAGGGCCUUUCGGAAAAGGAAAGAUUCGAAGCACUAGGCAUGGACGAGACAUGGACAGAGUACAACGUUCUUGUCAAUGAAUGCCCCAAUCCUGGCGUCUACGUCACGCCACAAGGCAAGAGGAGACCGGCUGGGAGAAAACAAGGUCGUCCCGCGAGAAGCCGAAUUGCAGUUUUUAAAUCUACAAAAUUGGCUUCCUUCUCCUGGUUCCAACAAGAAUGUCGCGACACGAUUGACACGGCUAUGGAGAGACAAGAGGCCCCAGCCAAGGCUACCGCUCGCCAAAACGGUGUUCCUAUCGCGGCCCCCACUGAACCUAGUUCCGAAGGCUUCACAGCUUUUCAUUCAGCUACCAAUGUGCAGUCUACCCCGAGAACUUCGACCCGGCGCAAGCGGGCCCAAGAUGAUUUGGAUUACACUGAUUCUCCAACUCCAGCGGUUACUGCCGUUGAAGGGCCCCAGCGUGGCACGAGGAGGCCGCAGAAACAACCCCGUCUUGAGGAGCCCCGAGAUGAGGCUAACGGCGCGCUUGCAACGGCUGCAGAGAGUGCAGCUGCAGAGGCGACUAUCCAGAUCUCCGAAGAAGUUGAAUCGGCCCCAGCUGUUCCUCGGGACAAGAGUCCUACUGUACACGCACUCAGCGACGUUGAAGCCGGAACGGAUACGCCUAAGCGACAACGUAUUGGCUCUCCGGAUCAGACUGCCGCGUCGGAAGGUACUCGAGCAGCAAUAACUCAAGCUACUAAGAGCCCUGCGCAGCGAGCAUCAGGUCGCACGCAGAGAGCGCCUAAGCCUUUCUCGAGGAAUUGGCUCUCCAAGGCCAUCACUCCGUCAACCACAACCGCGCCAGGUCAGACACCCAAGCUAAGCCAUGGCUUGGCGGACCGUGGAGGUUCUAUUAGUAUUCUUCGGAGAAAUAUCAUCAUGGAGAUCGUUGAAAAAGCUGGUGGCGCAUAUCCUUCUGUUCCUGAGAUUUGGUUCCCGUUCGCAACCAUGUGGCUUAAGCGGAAGCAGAAAGAGCGGCCUGAUAAUCGCACAGUCAAGACGGCGAUCAGAAACCUGGUUGAAGCCGGCAAGCUUCGACAGCUGACAUUCUGUGGCAAAGGCCCGAAAGGCGCGAUGGUCACCAAGACCAUUCUAGCCAAGCCUGAAAUGUCCCCAGAUGACCCCUUGAUCAAGGAGAUGCAACGCAAGCUUCUAUCUACAACUGACCAGCGGCUUUCCUACUCGCCAAACGUUGAACUUGACCCCGAGCUUGUUAGGUCCACUGGUCACACGGGAGUACCGAAACUGGCGCUGCCCAUGGUAUCAGGUGCUACUGUCCAGUUGCAACAGAAACCUGCGACUGUUAUUGCAGAGGAGCAAAGAACUGAGCGUCGAGUCCAAAAGGAGUUGUUGAAGAAACUGGAGGACCAACUUGGAAUUGGCAAGGAUGCUUCUGCCACUGGUACCAAGCGACUUAUGAGGAUUGGUCACCGUCAUCAGCCAGGCCAAGACUCUCUGACAGGUCAGACCUGGAUUUCUCAACCAGGUCUUGGCAGACGGAUCAGGGGUGAUGCAUAUCGACUCUUCAGGGCAAUGUCUGCCAUCGGGCCACAUGCCAUGCUGAUGCACCCGAAACAAGAUUUCCACUCAAGCUCUGGCACGUUUGGUACAUUUGGGGCCGCGAUAAGACCCUACAGGCAGUCUAUUAGCGCCGAUGCAGCGAGCUCUGUUCGUGAGCUCGCUGAGCUUGCAUCUGCGCCCAAUGUCACCCAGACCGGACGAGCUAAGACGUUCCACUCGAAGGCAGAGAAGAUUCUCAGGUGGGAGCUUGAACACGAGGAGAUAUUUGACGAAUUUCACGAUGCAAACGGCACAUACAUUGAUCAAACUGUUAGUGACGAGUUUGAGCAGGCGCCUAUUGAGGGUGAGAUUCGAUUCGAUUUCGACCAGCCAGUUACUCGAGCACUUCAGCCGAGAAGUCUGAUGACAACGCGGAGUGCAAGGCAAUACCGUGAAAUUAGGCCUCGCCCUACCCAGUCGUUGUCCUAUUCUGUGAUGCCACCGGGAUACCAACCAUUCCACAAACUUGGUGCUCUCACACGUCGCCGAAUCGACGGAGUGGAUACCUCUAUCCCUGGUCGGCAUGGUGUACAGGCAGAUGAUGUCAGGUUACAACGCCCACGCCGUCGGCCUGCUCUUCCCCCGCUUGACCAGACUCUGUACCGGAAGAUCAUGGUUGCCAUUGUCGCUGUCAGGGUGUUGGCAGGUGGUACGGAGGCGAGGAGCGUCGACUGGGACCUUGUUUCUACUGCAUUCCCCAAACACGACCCCAAUUUUAUCUUGGAACAUGCAAAGAGCAUUUUGAGCAAGAGCCGAUUGCAAAUUGCCGGCAUGCAGCGUCCUUUCCAAGAGCAAUAUCUCGAAGCAUAUGCCAAGCAGAAGGUCCCGGUCAUUGACUAUAAUAACCUGGACAAAUACAAUUGGCCCGCCGUCGUUGAGUGGGCCAUCAUCGAACUCGAGUUCUCGACGUCUGAAAAGGCCCCACUGCUGCCUGCAACUCGGCAGGAGUUUGAUAGCAUCUUCGAGCUUCGACCCGAGGCCGGUCCUACGGCCGAUGAGCUGUACACCGCCACUUCGGGUAUCACUGUCAGCUUCAAGCGUGGCCUGAUGACCCAUGUGCCGUUCGUGGUACAGGUUGGCCCUGAUCAAGACCGUGCAGUUCAAGGACGCCGCAAGAAUGAGCUCGCUCGACUGGACGUCAUCAAAACUUGGGUACGUGCCAACGUGGCGGCAUCUGAAGCGACUUAUGACCCGCCGAGAGCGGAGGAAGCUCUCAGACCAUUCGGUACCCCGCUUAUCAACUCAGCUGUGCAAUCACUCCUCACCGACAGGGUCAUUAGUAUGAGCAACAGGGGUCGUAUUGUACCUGGCCGCAACUACGAUCUCACAGACCAUCUUCUGUCCUCGCUCAGCCGCAAACGUCUUAUUGACUGCCCCAUCUUGAAGCGCGCAGAAUAUUUCAAGACGAAGAUCCUAGACCCACAAUUACAAAGCAAAGGAUCCUUUGACGUACACUACCACGCUGAAGAUGGUGACAUCCUCGCUUUGAUGAACCUCUUCAGGUAUGGCCAAGUCACUCUCCACCCUCGUGGCCAGCCACGCAGCAGAUUCGGUCUCACGGAAGGUGGAUACCUUACCCGACAAAUGGACAAGGACAUCUUACGCUUCGACGUCGAGAUUCGCCCAACAGCUUCGUAUGCCCACGGCAACCCUAUUCAGGACCGGGCAAGUGCCAUCGCUGCCCCACUGCCGCCCCCGUCCAAUGACCCCAAGCUCCCGCCAAAAUUGCCCCUCUGGUUCGAUAUCCAUGGAUUCCUGAUUCCACAGCUAUGGGAGAUGUCCAUUGCGUCGGUUCUGGGCUGUGUUUGCAUGCGACAGGGUGUUAGCCCGGAACGCAUCUCGGGUAUGAUCAAACCUGCUAUGGGCGCGUGGGAGAUUGAGUUGCUCUUGAGUUGGUUGAUGGAGGUCGGUGUGGUGGAUCGGCAGAGUUGUGGCGAGAAGAAUGGAUGGAUGGUUCGUGAGUGGUGGUGGAUGGUUCUUACGGAGAAGGAUUCUGAUGUGGAGAUAUCGGAUACCGAAGAAGUUCCUGAAGACGUUACUGAAGACGUUACUGAAGACGUUACUGAAGACGUUACUGAAGACGUUACUGAAGACGUUACUGAAGACGUUACUGAAGACGUUACUGAAGACGUUACUGAAGACGUUACUGAAGACGUUACUGAAGACGUUACUGAAGAAGUUCCUGAAGAAGUUCCUGAAGCAGCUACUGAGGUGGCUACUGAGGGAGCUGCUGAGUCUGCGGUUCUUGAGGCGGUUGCUGAGCCGGUGGCUGAACCGGCUGCUGAAGCAGUCGCAGAGCCAGGUCCAGAGUCCAUUGCGGAGCCAGUUUCGCACGUCGAGGAGUCCGUGACUUCUCCUUGA